GCUAUCACGUGAUAUAUAUAUAUAUUUUUAAUUAUCUGAAUCUCCAGUAUUUUCACUCUGCUUCGAUCUCCCAGACCUGUGUUCUGCUCAGAGCUUGUGAAUAGGAAGCGCGAUGAUGUGGAUCCUAUUGAAAGCCUUUCUUUCUUUCGUAAUAAAUUAGUUCUGAUGUUUUUGCCACAAACUACACCCGGGAGAGGAUGGGGCUCCUCAUCAUUUACACAGCUGUGUGUGGAUUUUUACUCAAUACAGGGGUUACACUGCAAAUCCAAUGUUACCAGUGUGAAGAGUUUGAGAAGCAUGACUGUUCCUCCCCGGAAAAUAUAGUGAACUGUACUGUCAAUGUCCAGGACAUGUGCCAAAAAGAGGUGGUCAUGAGAAGUGAUGGUGUACUCUAUCGCAAGUCCUGUGCCACCUCGGCAGCCUGCCUCAUCGCUUCCUCUGGAUACCAGUCUUUCUGCGCUCCUGGAAAGGUGGGCUCGGUCUGCAUUAGCUGCUGCAACACCCCCCUUUGCAAUGGACCCAGGCAGAGGAGGAGGGGGAGCUCAGCUGCAGCGCCCGCAACCCGACUGCAUGUCACCGACACCCUGCUGCCCUUCUUACUUGUAGUCCUUCUGACAUAGGACU